CGCUGGACGCCGCUGCGCUUGGAUCUGGCAAUGAACAGCGAGAGAAGCCUUUGCACUUUGGUGGAUCUGCCUUCGGAGGGAGAAAGCUCAGACAGUGUGAAAAUAUUAAGGCUGACCCUCCAGCAUGACCUUCCUGGGACAGAUGAGCAAGCAAAGCCAAAGCCUGUAGGAAGAGCUUUCGCCAUGGUGGCCAACCGGCCAACAAGAAGCCACACGCUGGCCUCCGAAUGCAUCAAGUCCAGCGAUGGCGAUGAGGAGAUCAUCAAGGUGUACCUCAAAGCCCGAGCCGAGGAUGGGACCAAGCACGAAAAGAGCCUCCAUCCAUUGAAAAGUGACAGCAAUCAUCUUCAAGAGCUGGAGAAACCGAACGGGAUCCGUCUUCACAGAACUACCUCAUAUCGUAGCAUGUCUGUAAGCCAGGACGAACCCACGUAUCCUGGAGAAGACAUCUCCGUCAUGCGCGAAACGACCAAGAGGCUCUUCUCAAAACUGCAGGAGGCCGAGAAGCGGCAUCAGUCAGACAGGGCUGCGUACGAGACGUCCAUCUCUCACUACCGGAGGGAAGCGGAGCAGUCUGGCGCUGCUCUCAGGAAGGCAGGGCUGGAGCUGGAAGAAAAAGACUUGAAGCUGGAAGAACUGCAGAGGCUACUAACAGGGAUGGAGAAGGAGCACCAGGUUCUGCUGCAGAAGAUGAAAGACGGUGAAUCGGAGCUGGAGCAGUUGAGGAGCCUUGAGAGAGACAAGCUGGUGGAACAGGAAAGGUCGGCCAAACUGGAGAAGGAGGUUGCCACCUUGCGGGAGAAGAUCCACCACCUCGACGACAUGCUCAAAAGCCAGCAACGUAAAGUCCGGCAGAUGAUCGAACAGCUUCAGAACUCCAAAACCGUGAUCCAGUCCAAAGAUGCAAUAAUCCAGGAACUCAAAGAGCGAGUGGCUUACCUGGAGGCUGAGAACCUGGAGAUGCACGACCGCAUGGAGCACCUCAUUGAGAAGCAAGCCAACCCUGGGGGCCCCAGCGCCAGGUCCCGCUCGAAAUCGGAGUAUGUCAGCAGCAAAAGGCUCACUAAGCCUGCGGGCCCCAAACCUUUGCCUCUCAUCCGAGUGGUCGAAACAUGAAUCUCGAACUCGACUUCGCCGUCCUUUCCCUCCAAAAUGCCAUAAGAUAAAGGAACCCACUACAAGCUUGCGGGACUCUAGGCCAUCGCCAGCUGCUUUGCCCUGCUGUUCCUCAAUGGGAAAAACACCGGCAUCGAAGGCUGCCCGAAUGUGGAAGAAGCACCUUUCCCCACCUGGCGCCAUGUAUAUCAGGAUGAGAUGUAGAAACGUACAAGAGACAGUGGCGCAUUAAAGGCGACAAGAAGAAACCUCCCUCGAUGGAUCUCUUCCAAUAGUUCUGUGUAGCUGGUUGUUUUGGGGAGGCAGUCCUUUGAAAUUCUCCCUUAGGUCCUGUUCUAUAUCUCUCUUUUAUUUGCCCUGUUCAGUUCUUUCUGUCUCCUUGGCAAAUAAAGUCAGAUAGAAGCAUGUCUGGGUUUGAUCAGCACUGAGAUAGGAGAAUGUAUAGUUCGAUCGACACGUAAUCCGUUACUGCUGCUGAGGUUGUCCUUCAGAUUAGUCAGAAUAACAUUUGCUAUUAGAGCUAUUAGUUACUAACUGAAGAGACCCUUUUGGGUUUCACAAGAGGAAGAAGAGAAGGGAGGAAUCUGCAACAUCUUGCUGCCUCCGCCUUUCAAUUAUACCAUUUUCUCCUUAUGAAUGUCGGCCGAAGUGAAAACCUGGGUUAGUUCCACCAGCCUUGGAGAACCAAAGCCCAGUCCGCUUUGUUGGAUGGUCGCGUCGUACUGUGAUAUAGGGAACUGUUUCGUGUCAUGUAACAGCAGCGUAGAGUGUGUUUGUGUACAUAUAUAUAUAUUAUAUAUAAAUAAAUAAAUGCCAAGUUGUGUGUAAAAGUG